AUGGCAAUCACAUCCCUUGAGAAAGACGGCAACGACCAAGCCCGAUUCCCCGGCUGUUCCAACAUUCGUGACUAUGAAUUUGUCGGGAAGCUUGGAGAAGGAACCUUUGGUGAGGUCUAUCGCGCAAGAUCAAAGAAAGACACGACGGUUGUGGCCCUCAAAAAGAUCUUGAUGCACCACGAAAAAGAAGGCUUUCCUAUCACUGCUAUUCGAGAGAUCAAGCUUCUCAAGGCGCUUUCGCACCCAAAUAUUUUGCAACUCAAAGAGAUGGCAAUCGAGCGAGGAAAAGGUGAUGGACGAAAGAAGCCUAGCAUGUACAUGGUCUUCCCAUAUAUGGAGCAUGACCUUUCGGGACUGCUAGAAAAUCCGGCUGUCCACUUUACCGAGCCCCAGAUCAAAUGCUAUUUGAUGCAACUCCUUGAGGGUCUCAAAUAUCUACAUGCAAGCCGCAUUUUACAUCGUGAUAUGAAAGCGGCAAACUUGCUGAUCAGCAAUGGCGGCCUUCUUCAGAUUGCUGAUUUCGGACUUGCUCGACCCUACGAUGAGCCCCCUCCGCAACCCGGCAAAGGAGGAGGAGAGGCCAAGAGAGAGUACACUGCUCUUGUUGUCACAAGAUGGUACCGCCCACCCGAGCUACUGCUACAAUUGAAACGCUACACCACUGCCAUUGAUCUGUGGGGAGUUGGCUGUGUGUUUGGCGAGAUGUUCAAAGGGAAGCCUAUACUCAUGGGCAACAGCGACCUCAACCAAGCGCAGUUAAUUUUCAGUCUUGUGGGCACUCCCACCGAGGAAAAUAUGCCUGGAUGGAGUUUGCUCCCAGGUUGCGAGGGCGUGAAGAACUUUGGAUUUAAGCGCGGGAACCUUGCGGAUUAUUUCAAGGACCUGAGUCCAACAGCAAUAUCCCUUCUAGGGGAGCUUCUCAAACUUGACUGGCGGAAACGAAUCAACGCCAUUGAUGCAUUGAAGCAUCCUUACUUUACCACUCCUCCGCUCCCAGCACGACCUGGAGAUAUUCCUCAGUUCUCAGACUCACAUGAACUUGAUCGAAAGAAGUUCCGCAGUCAGCGAGCACCAGUGCCUCCUGUUCCUGCCGUUGGUUCAGGCGAUACUCAGUCAAACAGUGGCUGGGGGAGCUCUGGCUCUCGCGGACCAGAUUCCAGAAACAGUCGCAUUCCCGGCGGUGCCCGAGGCAGACCAAAUGCUCCGGGCCACGGAAAUGCCCAACGCCGUGGGCCUUUCCCACCGUCGCAAAGAGAUACCGGAUUGCCCCCGCGUCCCCCGGUUCCCGCUCACCCGCCAUGGGAUGGGACCCAAGCCAACAGACCUGACGGAAGAGAUGACCAACGGCGAGAUCGAUAUGGCCAGGGCCGACCAGGAACCAGACCGGGGAACACCGACUCCUAUGUUCCAAACUAUGGUAACGCCCCUGAUCGUGCGCGAGACUCCAGCGCCAACCCCGACUGGCGUUCAAACAAUCGACAUGAUUACCGCCGGGAACCGAGAAGGAGGAGCCGUAGUCCUAGCUACAGGGAUGGGAGUCGCGGCUGA